AUGUUUUCCUCUUAUCUGCUCUUCAUCUUGCCAAUCGCACUAGGCUGGGCUCCCUAUGCGGGGAAUCGCGUGGAUGGAAAACUCUCGACGGCUGCGUGGGGAUCUCUAGGGGCGGCUUCGCCGGAAAAUCCUGAGAUUCUCCAGCCUUCUGAUGUUGAGGAUGCCAGCACGGAAACUCCAACGACAGAGGAGGUCACGGAGGAGCUCGGGGGGAAGCAGCCUGAUUCGGAGAGUGAGGGAAAGGAGAGUGAGGGAAAAGAGGGUGAGGGGAAGGGGAAUUUGGAGGAAAGUACAGUGGAUGGUGGUGGAGGAGAGAAUUCGGACGAGACUGAGGGAGAGGAGAGUAAGGGAAAGGAAAGUGAGGGGGAGGAGAGUGCGGAGGGAAGAGAGAGUGUGGAGGAAAUUGAGGGGAAGGAGAGUGAGAGUGAGGGGAAGGAGAGUGAUGGAGAGGAGAAUCUGGAUGAGACUGAGGAAAAGGCGACUGAGGAAAGAGAGAGUGUGGAGGAGAGUGAGGGAAAGGAGAGUGAGGGGGAAAAUGUGGAGAGGGGGAAUGAAGGGGAGAAGAAGGACAUUGAGGUGGAGGAGAGUGCAAAGAAGAGUGAGGGGCACAGAGACGAGGAUGCGCAACAUGAGGAUGAGGAUAACGAGAGUGAUGAGCAGGCGUUUAUAAGCAGGCAUAUUCCCGCAGACCACCCUCCCCUGGAGGAGGAGGAGGUGUUAUCUACUCCGACAGUAGCCCAGCGCUACAGCAACAGUCCGGGCAACCUCCAUGUCGAGCGAAGUCUCCCUAUAUACGACGGAGAAACUCUACCGCGACUACCGAGUAGCACUCAGGGGGCAGAUUUCGAGAGCUCUGCUCGGGCGGGUGGUACGUGGCGGUCACAGAAUGCUGAUGAGGAGGAGGAGGAAGAUAUCAAAUGGCUACCUAGUCCGCCAGAAAUCCCGGGGUUUUCAGAGGAAACAACUGAAGAGCCUCCGAUGACCAGCGCUCCGGUGGCUAGCAAUCGCACUCUGCGAGGGAUAAGGCCUAGGGAGAUGGCGCCCAAUUCGCAGAGCACGGCUUUCAACUUCCGGUGGUCAUCUGGAGGCACAUCACAUGGUGUGCUUCCACCAGUGCUCCUAGGGCAGAUCGGCGAAGCCCCGAAACUUAUCUUUACGGACCCGACGAUAGUAGAACGGCAGGAGUCGAUUGAGGUGAAGAUUUUGGCGGAUACUAUGCAUGUGGAGCUCCAUCAUCACGUUGGGGCUUCCAUCGUCGGUAGCGACAUCGCAGGGCGAAGUGUUGUUAUUUACUUCCCGACGGACUCUGCAGCACAGGAGGGCUUUCAACUGUUCACCUCUCGCAUAAGAAAUGUAGGGCGAGCGCUAACUGAAAAUGAGAACUUCCUUGCUGUUGUCAGACGGAGGUUUAUCUACAAUGAUGAUUUCCAGGAGAGAUCUGUUGUCUUGUACGGUCAGGCUAAGCUGAGGUAG